GGGGAAACUGUCGUUGGGUGCCUCUGUAAAACAGACAAUUGCAACUCUUUGUUGUAUGGUGCAUCCAAGCAUUUGGUUGCGAAGUUGCGGAACAUUCAGAACGGUGCUGCACGUAUUAUUGUUAGACUAGGAAAACACGAACACAUGUCUCCUGUUUUGAGCGAAAUUUACUCUCUUUACUGGCUACUUAGAAUAGUUUAUAGGAUAAAGUUCCUUACUUUUAAAUGUAUUCAUGGAUUAGCCCCUUGGUAUUUACAAGAGUUAUUGGAUUGUCUACAAGCCCAAUACAUCACUACGCUCCUCCACUGAUGCGAUUAGACUAAACCUACCU